AUGGCUACUCAGGAAGAGCUGGCCGAGAUGGAGCGGCUAUCCUCAGCUUUUGUCCCUGACCAGAAGGGUGACCUGGUCGGCGUACGCAUCUCGAGCCAGAGACUGACCGAAGAGUAUGCCAAAGCAGACCCAGUGUAUGCUAGUAAAACCAAGAAUCUACCAAAUACCUACCCUGAAUAUCGUGUCAUCAAAGGAGACGGGAAUUGCGGUUUCCGUGCCAUCGCGUUUGGCUACUGUGAGGCGCUCCUUCGAAUCGGGGACGCAACCAAGAUACGAGCGGAAAUUGAGAGACUUAAGACUUUGAACAAUCUUCUCGAAGCCACGGGGCAGCAGGAAUUCAUGUAUGAGGAUUGGGUCGAGGUGACACUUGAGCUACUCGGAAAAAUGGCUGAUAAUAUCUCUGCUUGGAGCAACGAAACAAUGCUGCUUCAAGUUUUCAACGACUUGGAGUCCGCCAAUGCUAUCACACAGCAUUUUCGAAUGAUCACGUCUGCACACUUAAAGUUGAAUCCCGAUGAAUACGCUCCCUUCGUGCCAGAAAUGGACGUGGAGACCUAUUGCAAAAACCACGUCGACCCUUUCUAUGAGGAGAUUGAACAUGUUGGUGUCAAAGCUCUAGUCGACACAAUCGUCAAUCCAGCAGGCAUAGCCAUUAGCUAUCUCUAUCUUGAUCGUAGCGAAGGAGAGCAAGCCACGCCUUACUCAUUCCCUGUUCUGGAUAAGACCGGCGAUGAGGUGAAGGAUGCGCCAACCAUCCGUCUACUGUACCGACCCGGUCAUUACGAUAUGCUCUAUCAAAAGGAGGACCUAGUUGCUUUAGCGGGCCCCAACGUUCCUAAAUCUCCACCAGUUACUUCGUCGCAUGACGAUGUGAUCGUUCGGACUAUCUACGAUAUCCCUCAGUCACAAUUCCCGCAAUUCGUCGAGUUCCAUGGCCUGCCAGGUUUUGAUCCUGAUGCUCAAUUCAAUUUCAACCUUUCAGACACUAUUGCGGAGCCUCAAUUCGCGCCCCAACAAUCUUCAAGUCUCUUGCUGGACGGAGACUCAUACGAGAGCCUUGGCACAGCUUGCUUAGACAUCCAACCUUCGUUCGAAGAAGGCUGGGCCUUUCCACCCAACUUGAAUCAGAUCGUCAAACAGGUUCCGCUGAAUCCAGCCCCGACGGACUUCAACAUUCAACACGUUGAGCAACCUUUGUUCACUUCGUCAGCACCAGAUGAACAGCCUAUCUUAUCUUUAGCUGGAUACGAACAGCAGGAUACACUCCUCACCCCCACCCAACCAUCCAACGAUCCAUCAGCACCACCAAACUGCCAUUAUUGGAAUCUCAAGAAAGACAUCCAAUGCUCCGUUACAAACCCGAGCAUUAGUAGCACAUGCUGGUAUUUUACAGCAGCAUCAACCCCCAAACAAGGCUGA